AUGGAGCUCGCCAAGCUUUGGGGUCCCGUGGAGGAGUACCACCCGAUCAAUCCGCAGCAUCCCGAGGAGCCCCUGGUGCAGCUUCUGCCCACCUGUGGAAAAGCUGCUGGCCCGGACUCUUUCCUGUGGCACUCAGACAUGACUUGGCGUCCAAAUCCCUCAGCUGCUGGCUUGCUUUGUGGGCACGUGAUCCCACCAUAUGGAGGAGCGACCAUGGUGGUGGACACCCAUGCAGCAUACAACAGGUUGUCCAAGGACUUGCAAGAGCUAUUGCAUCAAAUGACGGGACACAACGAUCUCGAGGUGGGGUAUGCGAGGGUGAACCGCCCCGACACGCGAAGCUCCAAUCCGGACGGCUACAAUCGUGACUCAUCGAAGUACGGAGGUGAGUACUCGGCGGACCACCCUGCCGUGAUUGCGCACUAUGUCACUGGCCGCCCGCACAUCUUCAUCAACCCAAACUUCACCGAGCGCAUCAGCGGGGCCGGCCUGUCAGAAAAGGAAUGCCAGGAGGUGUUUGAUGAGGUUUGCAAUGUGCUGGACGAUCCGGAGUUCCACUGUGCUGUGAAGUGGCAGGAGGUGGAGUCAGGCUCUAUCCUCGUGUGGGAUAACCUCGGGGUUCAACACAUUGCCCCAGCUGACUAUGAGCCUCAUUUCCGGCUGAUGCACCGUUGCGUCACCUUGGGCUCAGGCUCACCACGGGCCUUUAAGCCUGAUCUUGACAGUGGUGCUUGUCCGAACGGCUGGGGGCUGUACGUCCGCUCUGCCUAUGCAAAGGCGGGCUUUUGCAGCAAGAAAAGCGUCGAUUUCUACAAUGACACAGCCAAACUCUACGACGAGCUUGCGCAUCCCGAAGUCUGGCUGGGACCAGAGGUCGUGUCGGAGUACGCGAAGCGAGUCGCGUCGCAGGAGAUGCAGUCCGCGCGCAUCCUGGAUUUCGGUGCGGGCACUGGCAAGCUGGGGCUCCGGCUGCAAGAGAAAGGUUUCCAGAACGUGGAUGCUGUGGAACCUGCAGAGGCCAUGCUGGAGCAAGUGCCAGCAGGCACAUACCAAGCGACCUUCAAGGAUGGAGUUGAUGCCCCGGAAGCCUCGUACGACAUGAUUGUGUCGACGGGCGUGAUCGGCACUCAUGUUGGAACGGAGGGCGUCAAGGAGCUCAUGCCCAAAGUACAGAACGGAGGAUCUAUCCUCUUCUCUUGCAAGUACGACACCUACCAAGCGAUGAACUUCGAUAGCCUGGCGACCGGGGGCAACCAGUGGCAGCAAAAGAUUGUCCACGGACCUGUCGCCCUGAACCGGGACAUGCCAGACCAGCAGCACGUCGUGGUGCAGAUGGUGCGUGAGGGCUGA